AUGCUCAUCGGCCUCGCCGAGGAAACCCUCAUGGACGUCUAUCGCUGCCUCGACGGGCGGUCGAUCCAGCGUCUCUCGGCGACCUGCCGGUCGCUCCGGGGCUUCCUCGACGCGCAAUGGAAGACCUUGUUCACGCGCUACCUUGACAUUGAGGUCAACAUGGAUGCAGCGUGCUGGCGUGAGUACCUCAAGCGCUUCUACUGCGCGAUGGAGAAGCGCUGCUGCGUGUGCCUUAUGGAGGGCAGUCCUGCGAUCCGGCCGUGGCAGUUCAUCAACCUCUGCGACGACCACCGCAAACACGCCAUCAAGAGCGUUCUGAUCAGCAAGACAUACGCCAAGGAGCAGUUCUCGCUCAACGAUGCCGACCUCGCGCCGUUGCAGUUUAUUCUUCGUGGUCGCAUGAAACUCUUUUUGGAAUCGGAAGCUUUGUACUGCGCGCUUCGCAAGCAUGGCGGGCACGGCGGCCUCAAGAAGAUCCAAGACAAGAAGAUUCACCGCUGGGAGAAGCGCCAAGCCAUCAAGGAGUUUCGCGGACGCCAGGUCGAGCUCGCACUCGCAGACGAAGGCGUCUCGAUGAGCAGCGUCUCGCCCGAAUUUUGCACGACGUACGCCGACUUUCUUACGCAGCCCAAGAGUAAGAACUCGUUGAAGACGGUCGUGCGAUGCAUCACGGGCCACAUUCUUCGCAUUCCCGAGCAGUCGACGCGCGAGGCGCUUCGUUUGGACGCGCUCCGGAAACACAUGCAGCAAGUCGGGCAGUCGUCGCAGUUUGAUCCGACACUACAGUGGGUCAUCGAUUACGCGGUCUCCACGGACGUGAGCUUGACCCCAGCAAAGGCGUUUUCCAAGGCUGCAGCCGAGGCGCUACGCAAGGAAGAGCUCAACGCGCUUCUCGACCACCGCGACCUACCCUACGACGCCUGCGUCUCGGUAUUUGGCGACACCAUGACGAGCUUCAUCGAGCAAGGCGAGCUCAAGAUCGGGUUUGGUCAGUACAUCAACACGGCGGCACAAGUGGCUUCCGUCGUCGACGGCCGCGCCAAGCGCCUCCAAGACGUUCUCGACUGCAUGUUUCCGAAUCGCAUGCACACGACCGACGAAGGUACUAUGAUCUCGACUGUUUUCAGCAUUCGGCCGCUGCACGCCUAUGUGCUCGACGGCGUCGUCCGCUUCUUCGGCGAAGUGCACGUCGCGGCGCAGAGCGUGGUCGAGCACUACAUGAACGUCAUGCGCCGGCAAGGUCAGUACGAGGCCAAGAUCGUGCAGUGGCUCCACCAUCUCAAGAUCUCCAUGUCCACCAUCGGGCUCGAGAAGGGCUUCCUCGCCCACUCCAUUGCUGAGCGCGGCCUUACGUCCAAGUCCAUCGAGAGCAUGCUUCGCCAAGUGCUCGACGAAAGUUCGCGGACGUGGGAGCUUCUCGCGGCGCUGCCAUCAUUGACAUUCGACGCCAAGGAGAUGCAGAGUGCGAACGUGCAGCGCUUCAUUCGGCACGGCUACGUCAUGCUCAACCCGCUCUCGGCGCAGUUCAAUGCUGUUGCCGACCGGCGCCGAAAACUUCGUGGCGCGCUCAAGGAGAUGGGCCAAGCCGUCGCAGACAUGGCGGGGUACCUCGACAUCGACAGCAGCACAUACCAUGUCUCGGUGUUCCGGGUCGCCAACGAGUUCAUCGAGCAGGGCGGCGGCAACCUCGACGACGUGGCGAAGCGGACGUUCGCAAACAUCCAGCACGAAGUGCUUCUCUGGAAGGCCGUGCAAGCGCUCGGCCUCUCAAUGCGUCUCUACCACGACUGCUUUACGACGCUCGGUGACGCGUUUAUUCGCGAGUUCAUCCAUGCCGGGUCCGUCUGGAUCGAGGGGUGGCAUUCGCGCAGCGCCAAGAAGCUCAUCUUGUACUUGAUUUUUCUCUACAAGUGCCCUCAGCACUACAACGUGCUCGUGCGUGAGAUCCUUCGCGUGUGCCUCCAGAACGCACAGCUCGGCUCCAAGGUGCCAUCCGCACUCAGCGCCAAGUUUGCUCUCAUUUGCAACGAGACGCGCCUCCGAGUCGAAGCGAGUUGCUUCACUAACACAUGGAAUAACGUGGCUGCGGUCGUCGAGGGCUACGUUAUGAAGCACGUUCGGCAAGAAACGCGCUUCAAGGCGCUGCAUACUGCACUCGUCCAGCGCCAGUGGCCCAUGCUGGCGUACAGCCCCUUGGAGCUCAAGCUCGUUUACCUCCAGAACGGCCUGCCGUGCUACUGCGGCAUCGAGAUCACGACAAUGGACCAGCUUGUUGAUGUUCUCAUCGACAUGCACUGCAAUGCGUGGAGACGUCAAGAUGCACUCGAGUCGGCGUGGCACGCUGCUGGUAUCCCGCCUUGGACGCCGUCGGUCAACGUCCACGCCUCGUGGCUCUUUGCGGCAUUUGUGCGCUGCGGCUCUGUCAUGCUCAGCGAGGACGCAUCGCUCGACUCGAUCGCUGCCAUGACGAAGCAUGUCGUCGAGUCCAGCGCUUACGAGCGCCAGAUGCAGCUCGCCAAUGCACUCGUCCACCACCACCUGGAGCUCCCCGCGGUGGUCGCUGACCUCGAUGCGUCCGUGGGUACGACCAUCUUGCAUUGGGUUCAGCACGGUACAGCGACCAGCUCGCUCAAGACCGCACCAUUUUCAAGCCUCGAACACGUGCUCGACUUUAUUCUGGAGCACGCCGUCAACGUCUUUGGCGCGUGCCACGACUGCGCGACGCCGUGUCGUACGUCAGCCUUCGUCGCGUGUGCGCAGUGCGACUGCGCGACCUGUCCGUCGUGUCUCGGCGCCUGCACCAUCUGUGGCCGUGCGCUCUGUCGUCGCUGCACGACGCUCGACGCCGACUCUCUCGUUUCCCGCUGCAUUGGCGACUGCGUGUCCUCGAUUAUUUAUUGA